GGCAACUUCCGGUGCACGAAAUGUCGAUAGAUCUUGGUUAUCAGAUUUGGACUUCAUACAAAGAUUUCUUAAGGACCGUUGAAUAUGCUAUCACUACGCGCGGCCAAUCCUUUGAUGCCCUCAGAACGCUGGAAGCUAGCCUGCAUCAGCUUGAUGCUGAUCUUUUAAAUCUACUGGAGAACCCAGCCCCGAAUCCAAUAGAAAGGCAAACUGUGGAAAAAAGUCACUCGGAUGGCUUAACAGUCAAGGGAAGACCAUCUAAACAAUAUUUUACAGAAGAUUUCAUACGAGAGGCUUUAAUAAUAAGCGACCUUUUCAAAUUAAAAGAAACCCGAAGUGUUGAAUUGCUCGCUGCAGCUGAAUCUGAAAUUUCUUAUCAUCCUGAGCAACCUCGGGGCCUUGUUGCUGUUGAAUUGUACUAUACUAGCCGAUUUUGCUUGGUUAAAGGUGUUAAGGAACUAGCAUGCGCACGCUCUGGAAGAACUUGGGCCCUUCCUGGUCUAGAGGCCAAUCUAACUACUACAGUAACUAAUUACAUUCAAAAGUUGAUCGACAAUGGACUUGUUAGAAAAAUUAUUCAAAAUAUAUCUGAGAUGGAUGAAGAAAAAGAGUUGGCUAAAUUAGAAAAAGAAAGAGCUCUUGGGGAUGCUGGUCAUAGGCAUAGAAUUAUUUCUUUAUUUAGGUCGAUAAAGUUAUGCUUAGCCGAGAUUUUAUUCAGUUUAGCCAUUCAACAACCAUUGGAAUUGGAAGAUACAACAGUAAUAAUUAAUUUUUUAAAAGGUCUCAAAUGCCAAUCCCAGAAAUUAGAUGUUACGGAAAUGACAAUUCUAAUGGCUUUACUUACGUCUCUUGAUCCAAAACCAUCAGAAGAAGGAAUAAAACAUCCCGCAAUUGAUAACCAGAGCUACUUACGAACGAUUCACAAUCUAAUUAUGACCAGUAAAUGGGAAAAUUGUAAAAUCCGAGCUAUUAUACAGUUAGCCUGGGCUGUAGCUCUGAGAACUUUGUCCGAGUAUGUAAGCCAUGAUAUUUGUGAGGAAGACGAGAAUGUUCUAGACAUUGGGAUCUACGCCGACGCCUUUGAAUUUCUACAUAAAGCUGUUGUUGAAAAUGAACGCUUUCACACUCUAUCCAACGGUUUCUAUGUUCGACAUGUACAUAAUCUUCUAACGAAUGCUAUAUCCUUAUUUCCACUGAAAAUCAAAGAACUACGAAAUGUUGGAGAUGAGAGUGCGAGGAUGGCUGCCAGCCAAUUGGCUCAGGGUGCUCAGCCGCCAAAUGAUUUACCUAGGCAUUUUGAACAGUUAAUGAGUCUUUUAGCAGCAAUCUAUGGAAAAGAUCCCCUAAAGCAAGAAUUAGCAAAGCAUUUCUGGAUUCAAGAUCCGGAUGAAAAGGAAUGUUCUCAUCACAAACACCAAAGUUUAAUGAAGUUUGUGAAGCUCUCUGGCGAUAUGCUUCCCUCAACAAUGUAUAUAAAUUAUGUAAAAAUGCUAACAGGUUUAGCGACAGGUCCAAAUUGUGCUGAACAAGCCUGUUUCCUCCUUGAGUCUAAUGGGACAGCUGUUAGAGGGUCUGGCGUAUCAUUUUCACACUUCUUUGCAACUUUUGAACAAUAUUGGCGGGCACUUCAUACACCUGAUGCACGAUUUCAACAACGUUCAACACCAAUUGGAUCAAGAACCAUUUCAGGCCAAGAGUUGGAAGGCUUAGAAGCAGUACUGGAUUUAUUGGCUGUAUUAUGGAGAUUUGCUGGAGCGAAGAGUUCGCAAUUACUCCUACAGUAUUGCUCUGGGCCAGGUGCAACUCCAGUACAUGUAAUGCUGGCUUUAGUUGGAUGCAGUGUCCCAUUACCAUUGAAGGCGAGGAUUGUUCGAACUAUUUCGUGCUUGUGUUUUGAACCCGAUAUGGCAAAUGUUAUAUGGAUAGGAUUAUCGCAUUUUCAAGUAUUAACUCAUAUAAAACAAGAAUUGGGCCAGGCUGAAAGUCGCAAUGAAAAAUAUCCUUUAACAAAAGCUUUCUUAAAAUUGUUAAGUGCGCUAUCUUCCCAUCAACUACCAAAUGAUCGUGAUUUAGCAGCAUAUGCAACAUAUUUAAGACAGGAUGUCUUACAACAUGUUCAUAAUCGAGCAUAUGCUGAUGCUAACGAGAGAUGGGAGAUUUGUGAAGAAGCAAUGGACGUUUUAAGACAGUUCUUAACUGCCUUAAAACCAACAGAUUUAGUUAAAGUAAGCGAUGAACAUCCUAGUGUUCAGUUGACUGUUCAUAUGCUGAGAGAUUCAAGCUUGUUUCGUAGCGUUAUGCAAUUGCUAUACGAAGCAGUCACAAUUUUGGACAGGCACGAAUUUAGAAAAACUACUUGUCUCGAAGAUGCUUUGCUCAAAGCAUUAAAAGUUAUUGAAUAUGUUCUUGGAGUUCAAGAUGACGUAAUACAGAGUUACCGUAAUUCUCAAUCAUCUAUUUUAAUGGAUAGGUUAGAUCAGCUUUUAUUGGGUGUAAAUCCAAAGACUGGAAAAGCUGAUUAUCUGCUUGUUAUAUGCAGAAUCAUACCUCAAUGCGAUAGUUUGUUAUCACAUGCUCAACGAGCGAUUAACGUCUUGACGCUUCUUUGCAAAUAUCAUAACGUUCAUUCUGAUCUUGUUCGAAAUCUUCAAUCUGAUAAUAUCAAUAGGAGGAAAUUACAAAGUGCAUUUGUUCGUAUCCUCGAAGAAGAUGCCUGUAUUGAAUGGAAAGAACCAGAGGAAGACGAAGGUGAAAUGAUGACUGCUGCUCAAAGUAGUUUAAUGAAUUUGUUGCUGAAUACUGUACGAUCUCCAACACCAAACUUAACUCAACUCCUAUUGGAUUUUGAUAUUCAGAAUGGCGUUUCAAAGAGUAACAUCGAGCAGGCUGGUAUUAGAGGUUCAAUUCGAACAUGCUUGCAUUCCUUGGUUAUGAAACUUGAAGAAGAAGUUGCUAAUGAAGCUAUCUUGUUUUCCACCAGACCAAAUUUGGCUUGCAUGUAUUAUGAGUUUAUGUAUGAAUUAUGUACGAAUAUGGAUACUUGUACACCAACUACAAGAUUUUUGAGGUUAAACCAUGACUUCUUCAACAGGCAAUUACAAUGCCUUCCGUUUCCAAAACCAAAUGACAGCGUGAAGGAAGUUCUUAAGUGCGAGGCUUGGCUUAUGAGAAUGAUUGCUCUAGAAAUGAGAAUCUUAUCAGCCAACGAACAUAGAUCCCAUUUAACUGAGUUAAUUAACGAACUAUUGCGUCAUACAAUUCAAAAUUUUGAUGAAACCUCCUUCCAUCAGUCCAUUGUUGGCAGUAAGAAGAGAAAACUAUUGGCAAUUCUCGAUGAAAUAGAAAUGAAUAGUGAAAACAUUCUGCUGGAUGACGAUGUUCCUCACAUUCGAGUUUUGGAUAAAACAGUCGUUGAAGAAGUUAUAAAGAAUCGCGAAACAAUUGAUGACGACACAUCCAUAAUUGAUUUAAGUACACUCCAAGAUGGUUUACUCAGGACCGUGGAUAAAAGUCGACAAGCUGAUGCCACUAUGGAAGCAACUGAGAUUCACAAAUAUUUGAAGAGAAGAAACGAUAAGCAUGAGUGGUUAAGUGCUCGAAUGGCACUUUUAAGUGCUUGGCAACAGAUAGUAGAGGUACUAAUGACUUCUUGUCCAGAUGAAAUGUGGUCAAGUUUCACCCGACAUGAGACCUCUAUUGAAAUGCUGGAAACACUAUUAAGAAAGAGUGAGAUUUGUGAUGCAAAACUAAACGGUCCGGUUUCGGCAACAUGCCUAGUACUUACAUCAAUUAUUCGUCAUGCAUUUGUUAAGGAAGCAAAAUCAGAUACAUUCAUACCAUCUCUUUUAAAUAUUACCUCUCUUUUGAUACGAAAGUUUGUAAAGACAAGAACUUCAAAGCAAAUUAUUCGGGCUAACAUAUAUGGAUCACUUUUGCAUUUAGUACAAGUUGCUGAUAGACAAUGGAGAAGUUUUUCAAGAGAUUUCAUUCUGUUGUUCAAUGAAAAUGCUGAAAAUUUACUUCAUACAAUUUCAUCCGAUGCCUGUGACGGUCAUAGAGUAUGCAAGCUCUUGGCUUUAUCUAUACUAGACGAGAUUUUAAUCUUGGAUCGAACCUCUGUUUGCUUAUCUUUCCUAUCAACAAAUGGAUUUGUAAAUCAUCUUGUCGAAGUUAUAAAUGUUGACGAUCUUGCUGAUCUACUCGCGCCGAAAUCAGUCGGAGCAUUUGGAUUGAAAGCGCUAUACGUAUACGAAUCCCAAAUGGCAUUGUUGAUUAGAUUAGUCUCGACCAACAGCAAUAGCGCAUUGAGCGUUCUUCAAGCUGGAAUAAUGGAAAAGUUUGCUGAAAGUGAACUAAUAGAUGCUAGACCACAAGAAGAUGAUAGCGAAGAUAUAGGAACGCUAAAUGUUACAGCGAUUGCUAUCUACAGAAGGAUACUAAUGCCAAUUCUUCGUCUCUGUCUAGGAUCAUUAACUAUGCUUGGAUUAAAUAACAGUUUAGCCACUCAACACGUUCUCAACUUUUUAUUGGCUCAUUCAGAUCUAAUAGCAUUUAUUCUUAGAUCUCAUCCCCAAACUGAGGAGCAACUUAAAGAAAUGUGUUUGGUGACAGAUGUUGUUGCUCGAUGCGUCUGUGUUCCAGUUGACGCACUUAUCGAUGAAACUAUCAAUCCCGUAUCCGUUAACCACGCUAAGAGACUUCAACAGCUCGUUUUACUAUUGUUAGCUGGUAUUUGUUCAUCGAAAGAAACCCCAAAAUGUUGCAUAAAAGAUUGCCUAAGAUUGAGAAUAGCUGCGAAUGUUAUGACUCUUUGCAGGGGACUAUCAUGCGAAUAUAUCGUAUUAACUCCAAGUUUAACGGAUGCUGUUGGAGGAUCAAGUGUUACAAGUCAAUUACUCGAAAGCGGAAAGAAAGCUCCUGAACUUGGCUUAGUGGUGAGAAGUCUGAAGGAGCGAACAACUCAAUUGCUUACAGUUUUAGACAGAAAGAGAAAUAGCGAAAGAAAAUGUGGACGUGUAAGCGAAUUGUCUAGUGAAGAAUUAAGAGAACUAAGUGACUCUGCAGUAUCUGCUGAGCAAAGAUACGAAGCAGCCGCCUCCAAACUGGAAAAUCUUGUAAAGAUAGAUGAACAACAAGCGGCUAUUUUGGCGAAUAUUAUAGAAAAUUCUUUACUGGUGGUGUGGAAACAUCUUGAUUACUAUUUAGCUACUGUACAGCCAAAACAAACUGUCACAUCCGCUUUCAACCAAGGAAGAAUAAGAAAGCUACAAGAUUCAACCUCAGUUAUGUCUGACUCUUUCCAAAAUUUCGAAGAUACUAUCGAAGUUGAAAGAUUGUCAAGUUCUCAAUUAAAACAAUUGAAAUCCGAUGUUCAAACAUGUUUAGACGAUUUAUUAUUCCAUAAAAUUAUGAAUGUAGAAAAGGCGUAUGCUGAAAGUAAAACUCGUAUUGGAUUUAUCUCAGCGAUGGUUCGUAGACUACAGCGAUUAAUAAAGUUUUCCUAAAAAAACUAUGGACGUUAUAUAAUAUUUUCGUUUUUUUGUCUACUAUAGUAAAAUAAAUCUAUAUUAUAUAUUAUUUUAUUUAAAACAAAAAACAAGCGAGAAAGUUGAGUGAUAGCAUUGCUAAAGAGGAGUUACUUUGUCAUCUAUUUGUUCCAUAUCUUAUAAACAAUUCUUUUUUAAAUUGGUAGGAAGCUAUGCUUUUUACUAUCAAUAAUUGCAAACAUAAGUAGAAUGUUAUUAUGAAUUCAUUAACAUUUGAUCUUAUUUAAAUGAAUUACAACAGAAUUUAUACAUUUAGA